GAAUAAAUUCAGGAGACUAAAUGUUUGUGUGAAUGUUUCCGAUUAUAGCAAGGAUACUUAUAAAUCAGUAGAGUUUUCUGAGUACAUUAUUUGGAUAUUUUCAUUUUCGAACACUGUGCUGUUGAGUGGUCUCUACUGCUUUAUGAGAUGUGAUCACCACAAUGACAACCCCUUGCUUAAGGUAGGCGUCGGAUCUAGAGUGAGGGGUCAGAAAGCAACUACUAUGGAUGCAAACCACAUUACACCUGCACCAGCUGCAACUCCAGCACCAACUUCCACGAAAAGUUCCAGCGAUUCGGAAGUAAUAACUACUCUUGCACCCCCGAUAAUGUUCCAAAGCAUUAUGUCAACACUUGCUGAACGGCUGGAGACAACCAUGGAAAAGCCAAUUUUGAAAGUUGAACGGGAAAAGAUUAUGGAAAAAACGAGAAAAGGGUUGGACCAAUGCAAGGAAAAGUUUCGAUUGACAAACCGCCGGUCACGAUAUCGAUAUUGUGUGGACAAGCAAGUGCAGUACGCCCUGAAGCGGGCAAGGAUUCUUGAAUCUGGAACAAGUGCAACAUUAUUAGAUGAUCUACUUCCGGAGGAAGAAAAUCGUCAAGUUGUUUCAGCUCUUCAUGCGGCUAAAAAGGCGGGAGAUGUUUUAGGGCGUAAGAAAGUUUUACAGUUUCCUGGCAGGCUUGAAGGCUCUUCAUAAAGAAAAUUGUUUCAUUUUCGAAAAUAAAUCUAAUUUGGUAUAAGUAGUUUAAUAAAAUCUUAUAAAUAAUCAAUGAAUUAUUGGAAAAAAAUAGAUUUUUCUCCAGUUCUUUUAGGUAUGUGCUUCCUGAUUUAAAAAAUUCCGUCACUUCCCACUGAACUUUCGUCAAUAUAAUACAGAGAUACGUCAGUAUUUUCAUAGCACAGCAUCUUCUAUGGAGACAUUAUGGUCCUGUGAAAAUAAGGGACAUGAAAAAAUUUAGGGACAGCGUAAAACCUAGAAUGCCUUUUCGUUAAAUCAACUUGUUUUUUAGAAAUAACACUUUUAUUCAUAAAUGAUGGACAUCACA